UCUCUCUUCUUCCUCUUCCUCUUCCUCUUCCUCUCCUCCAUCAUUUUCAUUGCCACUCUUCCAAAUCCACACUCCAGUUCUCGAGAGAGUGAGAAUGAGAGUGUGAUUUAAAGUGUGGCAGAGAAGAGCCAGCGCUCUUUAAUCGAUCCAAGAGCGCGCCGAGCGAGCGCCGCCGCCGCUCGAGUGUGGAUUGCUUCUUCUUCUUCGACUUCUUCUUUAAUGGGGAAGCUCAGUGCUGCGGAGAAGGAGAAGACCAAGAUCCGCGAGAGGCACAGGCGCGCGAUCACGACGCGGAUCUUCACUGGCCUGCGCAAGCACGGCGGCUACAAUCUCCCGCCGCGAGCGGACAUCAACGAUGUUCUCCGCGCGCUUGCCGGCGAGGCGGGAUGGAUCGUGGAGACGGAUGGAACUACUUAUCGCCCCCAGCAAGAUCAGAGCUCUCACUCCCAGCAGCACCAGAAGGUUGCAUUGAGCCAGAUUUCGCUGCCACAGUCGGGAGGAUCCGGAAGAACCACCACAACAUCGCUGACAAACACGACACACUCGAUCAGCAGCGGCGGCCACCAUCACCACCACCAACACCACCAGCAAAUAAAUCUCGCGGCGGCUGGAAGAUAUCUCCUCUCCCCCAGCCACCUGAUGCUCCAGCAGCAGCAGAUGGAUCCCCGCGCAGGGGAUUGCUCCACUACCGCCUCGCCCCGCCACCACUACAUGUCCAGCUCCUCCAUGCCGCCGCUCCUCCAGGGCGCCGCCACCACCGCCACCACCACCACUACCACCAAUUCCGGCCUCUCCACCUCGCCGCUAGCGUCCCCGGCUUCUUCCGAGGGUACGGGAGCUCGGCCUGGCGGAAUUAGAUCCGCUAGCGCCGCCGCCAGCGCCGCCAACAAUCACAACUUCUUUGGCCAGUUCCACCACCUCCCAUAUGGACUGACGCUGGAUCGAGCCGACUCCACGGACCAGGACGCCGUCACGGCAUGGAUGACUGACAUUGGUACCGCCGGUGGUACCGCCGAUCAUCUCCCACGGUCCGCGCAGCUCUCCAACCUCAUCUAUUCCAUGCAGCAACAGCACGCCGCGCGGCUUGUCAGCGGCGCCACCUCCCGCGCCGCCACGCCGCCGGCCUACGGUACAGCCCAGCUGCUCCACUACAGCAUGCAAGAGCAGCGGGCGUCCAACCACAACACGCCACUUGGCUCGCCGCAACGCCACUGCUGACUAGGCUGACACGUGCCAGAGUAUCGGAAUAGAAUAUUAUAUUUAUUUAUCCCAUAUAUCAGUUAUGGUUCCAUUUUGACUACCAAUGAAACUGAUGGAUAAGAGUAGAGCUAGAUACAUUUCAUUUUAUAAGAAACCUUCCCAUACAUUUACGUC